AAUUAUUUUAAUUUCGUGUUUCUCAGUGGUUCGUCAUUUUGUUUUGUUUAUAUAUUGAUUUUCUAUAAAUUGUAUAGAUUACAAAUUCUUUAUUCCUGGUAUCUUUAGCAAAGCAUUUAACUGAACGUAUUUCAUCAGAACUAAAGUGAAUAUAUCAGUCAUGGGUGCUGUUCUAGGCCUUUGUUCUGCAGCUCAAUUGGCAUGCUGCUGCGGAAGUGCCGCUUGCUCAUUAUGUUGCUCGGCAUGUCCGUCAUGUGCGAACUCAACAUCAACACGUCUGAUGUACACACUGAUGUUGCUGCUGGUAAUGAUCACUGCCUGUGUUACACUUGCACCUGGUCUACAAAAUGAUUUGCGGAAAGUACCAUUUUGUGCAAAUUCAACAGGCACAGCUUUAAUACCGGGGAGCCUAAAAGUUGAUUGUGAUCAAGCUGUUGGCUAUUUGGCUGUGUAUAGGAUCUGUUUUGCGGCAUGUCUUUUCUUCGUACUGAUGGCGCUUAUAAUGAUUGGAGUGAGAUCGUCCAAAGAUCCACGAGCUGGAAUACAAAACGGAUUCUGGGGCAUUAAAUACCUACUAGUGAUCGGUGGUAUAAUCGGUGCGUUCUUCAUACCGGAGGGACAGUUCGCGCAAACGUGGAUGGUCUUCGGCAUGAUCGGUGGUUUCUGCUUCAUUGUCAUCCAGCUCAUUCUGAUCAUCGACUUCGCCCAUUCCUGGGCUGAGAAUUGGGUUUCUAAAUAUGAAGAGACGCAAUCUCGCGGCUGGUACGCUGCGUUACUUCUGGCUAUGCUGACGUGCUUCACGCUCACGAUAACCGGCAUUGUCUUACUCUAUGUAUUCUAUACCAAGUCAAGCGGUUGUGACCUAUCCAAGUUCUUCAUUUCGAUAAAUCUAAUAUUGGUGGUGAUCGCGAGCGCGGUAUCGAUUCUGCCCGCGGUACAGGAGCAUCAGCCGCGCUCGGGCUUGCUGCAGUCGUCCGUCGUAUCGCUCUACGUCCUCUACCUCACUUGGUCUGCACUAUCAAACGCGUCCGCCGAGUGUAACUUCAUCUCUGGCGGGAAUCAGAGUUCCUUCGAUAAACAGUCGGUGAUCGGGCUGGUAAUUUGGGUGUGCAGUAUGCUAUAUUCAAGUAUCCGUACUGCUUCCUCUUCUUCCAAGAUUACCAUGUCCGAGCACAUUCUCGCUAAGGAGGGAAGUGGAGGGUAUGGUUCCAUAGAGGGCGGUGACAGCGGCGAGGCGGGGCGGGGAGGUACCUCGGAGGAGGCCAAGGUGUUCGACAACGAGGCCGACAGCGUGGCGUACUCCUGGACAUUCUUCCACAUCGUGUUCGCGCUCGCCACCUUAUACAUUAUGAUGACGCUCACCAACUGGUACAAUCCAAGCUCCGAAUUGUCCAAGGAAAACGCUGCUUCUAUGUGGAUUAAAAUAACAUCGUCAUGGCUGUGCAUCGGGCUAUACAUAUGGACUCUGGCUGCGCCAGCCGUCUUCCCCGAUCGCGACUUCAGCUAAACACUUCGAUGAAGAUAUUAUAAUUAAUAAUAUAAGCUUGAUUUAUAGUCGAUUAACGAUAAUUUUACUUAAUAAAUGUGAUUUAUUGCAAACAUACCUAGAUUUUAGGCUGACAAAAAUUAAAAAUUUAUAUAAAUAAAACAUGAAUUCGCUAGAUAUUUAUAAUUGAUACUAGAUCCUUUAAUUUUUCAACAAUAUUAAUGCAACUGUUUAAUACAUAUAUAUAAUGAGUCUGAUCCUGUUCAAAACCUGCCAAUUUUGAGAUCUCAUUUUAUGUGGAAUUGUGUCUUAUUUUUAUAUUUGUCAGUUAUAGUUUUUAAAUUUAUCUUCAUCAAUAAUAUUGUCAUCUAAUUCAUUAUGUAAUGUUAGAAGUUAUUACAAUUAGAAAUCAUCAGCUUUAAGUGUGUAGGUACUUUUUAUUGAGUAAAAUAUAUUAAAUUAUUCUCUAUUGACUGGUCUGAUAUCCCAAUAAUGUGAAUGAAAUAAAAUUACUUUAAUUCC